UUCAACAUGGUUCCUGAGCUCAGAUUUGUUCUGACUGUUCUUCUGCCUCUGUUCUCCUGUCACACAGCAGCUUCAUCCAUCAAACUGGAGCUUAGUCCGAAGAAAGCUCUCUUUCAGAUAGGGGACAGGGGGGAGCUGACGUGCCAAAUGGAUCAUUGCUCCGAGGAGAUUAAGUUCUCAUGGGGGGCACUGAUGGACAAACCCCACUAUGGUGAAGCUCACUUUUACCCCACAAAAUCUACUCUGGUCUUCUCCAGCGUGGCCAAAAAACAUGAAAACAUAAUCAAGUGCAUGGCAAAAUGCAAGGAUGUGGCCACACAAGCUUCUGUAGCAGUCAGAGUGUACUCUUUUCCAAAGGACCCAGUUAUCACAGGACACGACCAGCUGGUACCAGGACAGGAGAAUACUUUGACCUGCAAGGUUUCUGACAUCUAUCCGGCAGAGUACAUGGAAGUGAAUUGGCUGCGGGGAGAUAAGGUGGUUGAAACAAAAGAGGGAAAACCUGACAUGGAGUCCAUUCAGUCCGAUUAUACAUUCACACCACAAAGUGACGACGACGGGCAGCAGAUUACGUGCCGAGCCUCACUCGCGCUCAGCGGAUUAGCAUCAGAAAAGAGCAGCAGGGAGACCAACGUGUCCAUGGUUUUACUCGCUGCACCUCACAAUGUACGAGUAUCAGAACCCAGAUCGGUUGCGGUCGGCUCCAGUCUCUCACUGAGAUGUGAGGCGGAUGGAAAUCCGAAGCCUGUGUUUACAUGGAGGUUCAUCGGUCCUGCUGGGCGCUCGGUCGUAGUGGGAGAGACUGAAACUCUUUCUCUGUCUGACGUGACUUUGUCUGAUUCUGGGAGGUAUGAAUGUGAGGCCAGCAACAAACUGGGAAGAGAGAUGGUCAGUGUCAACGUUACUGUUCAGGGUCCUCCUGUGAACACAGUGAUCUCUGUUUCUCCCUCCAAGCCAAAGGAAAAUGAGUUGAUAACGAUCCUCUGUGUGAGUGACAGCAAUCCGAAGAGCCGUCUGGUCCUGAGCAAAGUGCUGGAUGGGAACCAGACAGAGCUGGUAUCUGAACUUGGACCUGAAGUCUCUGUAAUUCACCACCAUGCCAGAGUCGGUGACUCCGGCCUGUAUGUGUGUGAAGCCAUUAAUGAGUACGGGAGUCAGAAUACCAGCAUUCACGUUAAUGUAGAAACUCAUCCUCUGGAGGUUUCCAUUCAGCCCAAUGGAAGUGUGAUCCCAGUGACGCGAGGUUUCUCAAUGACUCUCUUCUGCCAGGCUUCAGGCUGUCCUCACCCUCAGAUGAUUUGGUCAGAGGUUAAACAUUUACCAUCACACACAUGGGACAGUAAUCAGACAACUGUAUCUCAGCUUGGACCGUGGACUGUGGAGCUGGACGAUGACCAAGCUUUCAUCUGUGAGGUUAAAUGUGGAUCUGUGAUAAAGUCCAAGCGUGCAGAGCUGAAGGUUUUAUCCUUCCCUUCAGAGCCCACCAUAGAGAGUUCUGGACCUUAUCUGGACGGAAAAGUGACCAACCUGACCUGCGCUGUUAGUGAAGUGUACCCAGCAGACCGUUUCCAUAUACAGUGGCUGGAUGGGGAGACGGAGCUACAGUCGGUCCGCGGCUCCUUCUCAAACGAACUGGAAGUCAUAAGCUCGACUCGGAGCUAUCAACUGGACAGCAGGAUCCAAAAUAAGACAAUCACCUGUAAGGUCUCACUGGAAAUGGAUGGUGUAUUGAUGGAAAAGAAAGCAUCUACUACUCUGACUGUGCACUAUGCCCCCAGACAAACCGUGAUUAUUGUAACCCCUCAGGAGCAGAAGGAAGGGGAACCGAUGAGCAUCUCCUGCCUGACUGACAGUUUUCCAACAGGACAAGUGAUCUUAAGCAGGGUGCUGGAUGGAGAAAAGACAGAGCUGGUGUCUGGUGCAGAGUCUCAAAUCUCCUUUACCAUUCCCUCUGCAAAGCUGUCAGACUCUGGCACCUAUGUAUGUGAAGCUGCCAAUGAAUAUGGACAUCAGAAGGAUAGUGUCCAGCUAACUGUGCAGGCACCUCCCAGGAACACCACUGUUAGCAUUUACCCAUCAGCUCAUGUGCAAGAGGGUCAGAACAUCACGAUCUGCUGCCAUUCUGUAAGCUUCCCACCGCCUGCCAUCAUGCUGAGGAAGCUGGACAGUGAUGUGGACAUCUACUCACCUGAUGGUACCUUCCUACUGAUCAACCUCACUCCUAACGACACGGGUCUAUACCAGGUUAAUGUUACCAACUCCCUGGGCUACGAGACUGAGGUCUUCAGAAUUCAUGUCAUGGAGACACACUCCAGUCCUUUCCCAAGUUCCACCUACUUCGUAAUUCCUGCCAUCGGUCUCGGAGUUCUAGCCUCAGUAGUUGGCAUGCUGGAGUAUCUGAGGAGGGCGAUGAGGAAGGGCUCCUACGACCUGACCGAAAGCAAACCGAGACCUGCGCAGACUGUGUAAACCAACCUGGAGUCAAUCAGCCUCUACUGAACUGAAAGCGUUGAGUCUCCUGCACUGAAUCAAUGUGUAACUGAACUGAACGGAAUCUGACUCCCCUGAACUAAGUGCAACACUAGUGACCUGUAUCAGGUGUAAUUACUCCCAUGAAGUGAAGCAGUCAGACUUGAUUAAACUGAAAAAGGCUUCACUGAACUGAAUCAGCGCCGACUGAACUUACAAACACUGAAUUUUCUUUCUCACUUUUUUCAUUUUUAUCAAGGUCAAGGAGUCGCGGCAGGUCCGGAAACACCGGACGCAAAGGCAUGAAUACACUGGACAGGGUGCCAAUCCAUUUAGGGCUUUGACCAUCCCCCCACUUCCCCCCAAACAUAUCCAAUCAUGUCUGUGUGUUGACGUCUGGUGGGCUGAUAGCACUGCUGAGAUUCAAACUUGGAUCUUAGCUCUUGUGGACUAGCAAAACUGGCUGCUGGGGUACCCAAGUGCACAAAGUUAAUAAUGAAUUAAAUAAGCAUGUUGAACUUUUGUAGUACCUGUCUAGCAGAAUCAGAUUCCACUGUAUAAGAGAAAUAUAUGUGAAUACAUCAGACUCUGCUGAGCAGAAUCAGACUCCUAAACCUUUAUCUAAACUAAAUUAGACUAAUUAGAAAUGUGAAUUGAUUCCUGAUUCCAAAUUCAACUUUAUUUCUGAACCUGUUUUUUACUGUUUCUGACUCCCUUAAACUAAAUUAGCUCUGCUAAAGUAGAAUCUGGUGAAUGAACGAGAUUCUGAUUAACUAAACUGGACUUUACUGAACUGACCUGCACUCAGAUGAGUCAGACUGUUGUGUGCAGUCAGUGUGUUGUUCUGAUCAGUAGUAUUACAUGAUCUGAGCCGGGUAUGAAUGUAUAUAGCAUGUUAACAUGUUGGUGUAUAUAUUAUUUUGCUGUAUAUAUAUUUUAGUUACUCUUUUGCAGGUGUAUGUACAGUAUAUAAUAUGUUGUGUGUUAUAUUUUCUGUCCAAAUUGUCAAACUGAGGUCCAACAUUGUGUUACAAUUCUAUUGCAUUUGGCUUCAUUUUAGAGAUGCAACACCCAUUAAGCUUAUAGCACUGAUGAUGAGGUAAGGUUUGAUAAAAAUAUAUAAAUCUGACUCUUGUGUAAUUUAGUGCUUGUAUAUAAUGUUUGUUUUGUUCCUGUCU